GAGGAAUUGUCUCAUCAUUUGUUUGAAUCAAUGGAUUCAAUGGUUUCACUCAAUCGAUACUCUCAUGUAUUGAUGAAUCUAUUAUUGAGUCCAAAGCUAUGAAAGAUUGAAAUGUUUACUAAAAUAAUCAGAAAUUUAUUAUAAAUAAUAUUUUGAAGCGAGAAGUGAUUGAACGGAUCAGUGGAUCAGUUGAUCAAUUGUGAGUUGUGGUCAUAUUUGUGAUCAGUGUUUGGAUAGUUGUUUAGUUUGAAUUCUUGUCUCAAACCAAUGCUCUCUCAAUAAUAAAGCAUUGUUUGCAACGAAGAAGUGUUUGAAAGCGCGUUGUCUUCAGCUAAACGAGUGCUUCUCACUAAUGAUAUUCACUUAAGACAUAUGUUGGACAUGAGUUUGAAUCGCAGCAGAUAUGAAGUGCCGGCAGAGCUCACGAAUCUUCUGCUAGACUUCACGGUUAGUGUUUUGGUUAACAAACCGACGGAUCUCUUAGAAUACGCGACCAUUUAUUUCAAUCGUCUUCUGGAAGAACGACACCAUUCCUCGCAUUCCUCUCAUCUCUUAACCAACGCUAACGACAAUGAAAACAACCAUUUGGUUGAAGACGACAACGACUCCACUUCUAGUGAUAUAAUCGUGUUUAGCUUGAAUCACACGAAGUGUGUCUAUGUGUGCGUA